AUCAACAUUUCUGUAAUUAGAACAAAAAUAAAAAUAAUAAAAAUGGAAGGUCUUCUUCAAUAUCUCUUAGCUAAAAUCAUAUUGCUGGCUUUAGCAUCUUCGUUUGUAUCGUGUUACGACCCAUCUCCUCUUCAAGACUAUUGUGUUGCCGUCAACGAUAUAAAUCGAGAUUUUGUAAAUGGAAAGUUCUGUAAAGAUCCAAAACUUGUAACGGCGAAUGACUUUUAUACAUCCGGCCUAAACGUACCCGGAAACACGAGCACUGGUCCCGGCUCCACAAUCACCGCCGUUGAUGUUGAAAGAUUGCCUGGUCUCAACACUCUCGGGGUCGGCAUUGCCCGCAUUGACUUGGCCCCGGGCGGUCAAGUCCCACCUCAUACGCACCCGCGUGGCAGUGAGAUCUUGUUAGUCAUCAAGGGAAAGCUUUUCGUUGGAUUUGUGUCGUCGAACGAAUACAACUUUACGCUCUUCACCAAAGUUCUUUAUCCCGGAGAUGUAUUUGUGUCUCCCAAAGGUUUGAUACAAUUUCAUGCAAAUAUUGGGAAGACAAACGCGGUCGUGAUUGCUGCGGCUGGGAGCCAGAAUCCUGGUAGGAUCGUCAUUGGUGAUGCGGUUUUUGGAUCGAAGCCUUUGAUUGAUCGGAAGGUCUUGGCUAAAGCUUUUGCGUUGGACAUGAAGAAAGUGAAAUAUCUUCAGUCAGUGUUUUCUUUGGAAGAUGACAUACGUUAUUAAUUAGCCUAAGAGAAUGAAAUGAUACUAAUAGAUAAAAUAUAGUUAUGAAGAAAUAAUUUGAUGAUUAUCUUGUAUGUGUGGGAAAUAAAUAUGAAAAACGUGUAUAGUGCGCUAAUUAAUUUAAAAACAAUUUGA